UAGACAGAAUUAGUGCAUUCUGAUAAAUGAAACAAACAAAUGUUCUACUCAGAGUUCUCUGAAAUGAACUACAGAGAAAACAGAGAGCUUGCUGCAUUAAGGAACUGGUACAUUUAUAUGUGGUGGGUUUUUUGUGUGUUUUGGUUUUUUUUUUACCUCCUCCCACUCCUUGCCCCCAGCAUCUUUGUGAGUGAGGUAAGAAAAUGAACACUCCUUGCAAGAGGACUGAGUUCAUAACUGUCACAAAACACUGGAAGUCAGCAUGAUAAUGAGUCAAUUUGUGUGGAAAUGAACCCAUUAUUGCUAAUGUUUUGCUGACUCCCGACUGAUUCAAGAACUCCUUAACAAAAUUCAAAACACAAGAAGGAGGGGAAGUUCAUGAAUUUUGCAAGUGAUGAGUGAAGAAACAAAUGGGUCUUUUCCUCAUUCAUAUUCAAGUUCAGUGAUCUACCCUGUGCCCUGAAAAGCCGGUCCCAGAAUACACUUUGGGGAACAUUAGUUCAUACAGAAGUUCUUAUAGCUGAAUUGUAGAAAUUCUCAUUAAGUGGAAAAGAAAGUGCUGAUUGUUUCUAAUUUUUAAGUAUUUCCUAACAAAACAAUACUUUCAAAUUAAUAGGUUUUUCAAUGAGAAGAAAAUAGAACUUUCAUGUAAGAAAUUUCAGGAAUUAUCCUGGAAGAUAUUGAUUCUCAUAUAAUAAUUCAGAUAUAUGCACAAAUCUGGCCCUCAUGCAAAUGAUGUUUUUAACAGGGCCAUUUCCUGGUAGGGCUUAUUAAUAUCACAACUAAUUUCUACACCCAACCCACAUAUUUAAAUUCAUCAAAUUUUUUUUUUUUUUUUUUGCUUAAAAUAAGCCCACAAAAGAACAGGAAACAGAUGGUAUCUGCAGCAAAGGUAAUAUGCGAAGUUUUUAUUUUUUUUAUCUAAGAGGAUUAUUGAGAGUUUUAUCACUAUGAGCUGCAGAAAAUUUAGAAAACUUCUGCUGUGAAGAAUGUUGGAAGAGCAGGAGUUCAUGAGAUGACCAAGUCAAUUCCGCUACCCGGGAGUCCCCGGCAGCCCUUGCGGGACCGGCUGACGUGGCGCGACCGUUACCACGGUGACGCGGGAGACUUAAAAGCGGCUGUAACUCGAGACAAGCACUCAGUUCCUCGGAUCAGCUGACUGAAGCACGCUCGGCCGCAGCCGGGAGGGAAAUCUCGAAGCUACAGAGGUAAGAGAAGGUAAAGAGAGGGGUUUCUGGUCGCGUUUUCUAUUCCGCUACCCGGGAGUCCCCGGCAGCCCUUGCGGAACCGGCUGACGUGGCGUGACCGUUACCACGGUGACGGAAGUCACACCCCUCCCCCUUGCUUUGAAAAAGCCUCCGGGAGGGCAGCAAUGCGCCGCUGCCCACCAGGCGCUGGGAGAUGAAAGUGCUUGUGAGGCAGGUGAGCACAACCCACACGGUGCUGCAGCAGCGACUGGGGCUGCUCGUGCAGUAGGGCUCAGAGGUUCUGUCACUCCUCGCUGUUAGACCUCUCACUUGUUGCUGGUGGCACAGACUGGGGUGUGGCAGGGCAGGUAGACUGGACACAACUAGCUCUUGUAGGUGAGUUUGUCCAGGGUUUCAUUUUGUUUUCUUGUCCCCAAUUUGACUAAGGGUAGUAAUGGUUUCUAGAAAAAGGAAAGCUGUUGCUGCCAUUAAUACAAAGAGUGUGUCUACACAGACACUAUCUGCCAAGAAGGAUGCAGCCACCCAGGCUUCUGGCUGCGCAGUGUCUGUGCCUGGCAUUAGUAUCAGAGAAUGGUAUGGGAGGCACCUGUGUACGAUGUGACCAGGUCAAUGACUUACUGUGCCUAGUGGCAGAGCUUAAGGAAGAGGUGGAGAGACUAAGAAGCAUUAGGGACAAUGAAGAAGAAAUUGACUGGUGGGGUCAGGCUCUUUUGACUCCUAAGGGUGUGCAACAGGAGACUGCAAAGCCUUGUCCCUCCUGCCAUAAGGCGGAUACAGCAGAUCUAAUUGAUGGGGGGAAAUGGAAACAGGUCCCUGAUCAGAGAGGUAAAAGAACCCUCUCUCGAACCCCAUCACCACCCUUGGUGCCCUUAACAAAUAGAUAUGAGGCCCUGGACCCUGAAAAUCAGGCAGAGGACAGCCAAGAAGAUCCACCUGGAGAGCCCUCUGGAUGGGCCUCAUCAACAAAAAGAAUUACAACUGCAGCUGUAAGAGGAAAAAAAAAAAGAGUGGUAGUAGUCAGUGACUCCCUUCUGAGGGGAACAGAGGGCCCUGUAUGUCGCCCAGACCCAUCCCACAGGGAGGUCUGCUGCCUUCCCGGGGCCAGGGUGAGGGACAUUAAUAGAAGACUUCCGGAGCUGAUUCAGCCCUCAGACUACUAUCCCCUGUUAGUAGUCCAAGCUGGCAGCGAGGACAUCAACAGAAGAAGUACCAAGAUAAUUAAAAAGGACUUUAAAGCACUGGGACAGUCAGUUCAUGGGACGGGAGCACAAGUGAUAUUUGCCUCAGUUCCUGUGCUAGCUGGGAUAGAUGAGGAACUAAAUAAAGAGAGGAGCAGAAAAGCCCAUCUCAUCAACAGGUGGCUUAAGGAUUGGUGUCACCGUCAAAAUUUUGGGUUUUUUGACCAUGGGCCAAGCUCCGUGGUACCCAGUCUCCUCAAAUCAGACGGGCUUCAUCCUUCUAGGGAGAGCAAGAGGACUAUAGUCCAUAAGUUGGCAGGGCUGAUCAGGAGGGCUUUAAACUAGGUUUGAAGGGGGAAGGGAUUGAAACUGGGCUCUCCAAAGAUCAGCCUAAGGAUGGAAAGCCCGAAUUAAGAGGGAAAUCAGCAGCCCACUUGAAGUGCAUGUACACUAAUGCACGCAGUAUGGGCAACAAACAAGAGGAGCUGGAAGCCAUCGUGCAGCAGGAAAGCUAUGACAUAGUUGCCAUCACAGAAACAUGGUGGGAUGACUCAUAUGACUGGAGUGCUGCUAUGUGUGGCUACAAGCUCUUCAGAAAAGAUAGGCAGGGUAGGAGAGGUGGAGGGGUGGCUUUAUAUGUUAGAGAGUCACUCGUCUCUGUUAAACUUGAGGUCAUCAGUCACAAGGUUGAGUGCCUGUGGACCAGAAUCAGAGGGAAGUUCAACAAGGCUGACAUCCUCGUGGGUGUCUGUUAUAGACCACCCAACCAGGACGAUGAAGGAGAUGAUUUGUUCUACAAGCAGCUGGCAGAUGUCUCAAAAUCGACGGCCCUUGUUUUUGUGGGUGACCUUAACCUGCCGGAUAUCUGCUGGGAGCUCAAUACUGCACCGAAGAGGCAGUCUAGGAAGUUCCUAGAGUGUAUAGAGGACAAUUUCCGUCAUCAGCUGGUAAAUGAGCCCACCAGAGGCAAGACCCCGCUAGACCUACUGUUUACAAACACAGAAGGGCUGGUGGGAGAUGUAGUGGUUGGAGGCCGCCUGGGGCAUAGCGACCAUGAAAUAAUAGAAUUUUCAAUACUCAGAGGUGCAAGGAGAACCAUUAACAAAACCUCUACGGUGGACUUCCGGAGGGCAGAUUUUUGCCUAUUCAGAAGUCUAGUUCAGAGCAUACCCUGGGAAACAAUGCUUAAAAACAAGGGGGGCCAGGAGGGUUGGACAUGCUUCAAGCAGGUGAUUUUGAGUGCACAGGAACAGGCUAUACCAGUGUGCCGAAAGGCUAGCUGGCGGGGAAGACAACCAGCUUGGCUAAACAGGGAGAUUCUGAAUGAAAUCAGAAAUAAAAAGAGACUUUACCGACUGUGGAAAAAAGGGCUGGCUACUUAUGAAGAAUUUAUGGAAAUAGCUAGAUCAUGCAGAAAAAAUAUCAGGGAAACAAAAGUGCAAUUUGAAGUUAAUUUGGCCAAUUCUGUCAGGGAUAAUAAAAAGUCAUUCUUCAAAUAUGUUAAUAACAAAAGGAGGGGCAAGGAAAACCUCCAUUCUCUGUUGGACUCUGAAGGAAAUAUAGUUAACAAAGAUGAGGAGAAAGCUGAGGUACUUAAUACCUACUUUGCCUCAGUUUUUACCAGUAAGACAGGUGGCCCUCAGGACAACUCAUCUCUGGAGGUGGUUGACAGAGAUAGGAAACCAAAUAGGCCCCUUGUGUUCCAGGAGGAAAUAGUUGGUGAUUUACUGAGCCAUCUGGAUCCUCACAAGUCUAUGGGACCAGAUGAGAUCCAUCCUAGGGUGAUGAGGGAGCUAGCAGAAGAACUUGCUAAGCCGCUCUCCAUCAUCUUCCAACAGUCCUGGCUCACUGGGGAGGUCCCAUAUGAUUAGAAAUUGGCCAAUGUUACCCCAGUCCACAAAAAGGGCUGCAGAGCUGACCCUGGCAACUACAGGCCUGUCAGCCUGACCUCGGUGCCUGGCAGGGUUAUGGAACAGAUCAUCCUGAAUGGAAUCACACAGCACCUUCAGGAUGGACAAGGGAUCAGACCCAGCCAGCAUGGGUUUAGGAGGGGCAGGUCCUGUCUGACCAACCUGAUCUCCUUUUAUGAUCAGGUGACCCAGCUGGUGGAUGAGGGGAAAGCCGUGCAUGUGGUCUAUCUGGGCUUCAGCAAGGCCUUUGACACUGUCUCCCAUAAUAUACUCUUGCAAAAGCUGGUAGCCCAUGGCGUGGACAAGUGUACUCUAUGCUGGGUUAAGAACUGGCUGGAGGGCCGGGCCCAGAGAGUGCUGGUGAAUGGGGCUGCAUCUUGCUGGCGGCCAGUCACUAGUGGUGUUCCCCAGGGGUCAGUGUUGGGUCCAGUCCUGUUUAACAUCUUUAUUGAUGUUUUAGAUGAGGGGAUUGAGACCAUCAUCAGCAAAUUUGCUGAUGACACCAAGUUGGGAGGGAGUGUCGACCUGCUGGAGGGCAGGAGGGCUCUGCGGAGGGAUCUGGAUAGACUGGAAAAAUGGGCUGAAUCCAAUGGGAUGAAGUUCAAUAAGGCCAAGUGCCGGGUGCUGCACUUUGGUCACAACAACCCCCUGCAGCGCUACAGGCUGGGUGCAGAGUGGCUGGAGAGCAGUCAGACAGAAAGGGACCUGGGGGUACUAAUUGACAGGAAGCUCAACAUGAGCCAACAGUGUGCCCAGGUGGCCAAGAAGGCCAACGGCAUCCUGUCCUGUAUCAAAAAUGGCGUGGUCAGCAGGACAAGGGAAGUGAUCCUUCCCCUGUACUCUGCAUUGGUGAGGCCACACCUGGAGUAUUGUGUUCAGUUCUGGGCCCCUCCGUUCAGGAAAGACAUUGAAGUGCUGGAGCAGGUCCAGAGAAGAGCAACAUGACUGGUGAAGGGACUUGAACAUAAGACCUAUGGGGAGAGGCUGAGGGAGCUGGGGUUGUUUAGUCUGGAGAAGAGGAGGCUUAGAGGUGACCUCAUCACUCUCUAUAACUACCCGAAGGGAAGUUAUAGCCAGGUGGGGAUUGGUCUCUUCUUCCAGGCAGUUAGCAAUAGGACAAGGGGGUAUGGGCUUAAACUCCACCAGGGGAAAUUUAGUCUGGAUAUUAGAAAGAAAUUCUUUACAGAGAGAGUGGUCAGGCAUUGGAAUGGCCUGCCCAGGGAGGUAGUGGACUCGCCGUCCCUGGAGGUUUUUAAACUGAGAUUGGACAUGGCACUUAGUGCCAUGAUCUAGUAAACAGACUAGAGUUGGACCAGGGUUUGGACUCGAUGAUCUCUGAGGUCUUUUCCAACCCAGUCGAUUCUGUGAGUCUGUGAUCCACCUGUGGGCCUGCUCCUGGCUCUUCUCAAAUGCAGUCAGAUGCCCAGCAGCCUACCAGCUGAUCCUACCAGCACAGCACAGCUGAUCCUAUGACACAUCGCAAAGCUCUGGCACUUCAGGGAAGCACAAGGUCUAUUGCACAUAUCCAAAUCAGCAGCAAUGUAAGCAUAGUCCUGAUAGAAAGGUCAAACCAUGGGGAGCAGUUCAGUAAUGUGACAGGCUGAAAGACUGGGGACUAGCAGGACACACAAUCAAGUACAUAGUGAUGAGUUCAGCUGCUUUUUUUACAGGAAUCUUACAACUAACUGUUGGGUUGCUCUUCUGGUUCAUCUCACUGGACUCUGCAUACUAGGCAGCAGUUGAGCUACUCUUCUUAUAUUUGAGUAUUGAGUGACAUAUUUCUAUAUAUUUUAUUUUAAAUUACAAUAAUAUCUUUGUCUUGCCACAUUUUGGCAACAUUAGUUCAUCUGUCCAAUUCCAGAUAAAGCCAGUAAAAAUGCAGCCAGUGCACUCUUGCAGGUAAAGCUCAAGAGAACUUACAUGUAUUUGCCAUUACUGUCAACUUCUCUUACAUACAGAAGAAGCAGAAAUCUCAGAGGCAUAAAAAAGCAUAAAAUUGCAGCAGCAAUAUGUGCAGUGUGGAAGACACCCAGUAAGAAUACGGGAGUUUUCUCAUAAUUCUUAUUCCUUGCUUAAGGAUGUAUUUGUGUACUGAUAUAAAAAGCAGUCAAUUAUCUUUGCAGAUCAAUUCUUUUAUGAUCUUUUAAAACCUUCUAGUAUUUUUUAUUUUAGGAUUGGGAAGCUGACAAGCUGUGUUUGUUCCUGAGUUUUUAACUAGGAGGUUAUAUUUUAGUAAAAAAAAGAACCUUCUUGCUCUUUAAAUAAUUAUUAUUCACAAUACUUAGGCUUGGUUGUUCCAUUUGAAAGAGUAAUUAGCUGUUAAAUGCAAUAGUAGAAAAUAUAUUUCAUUGAGAACAACAACAUUAAUAUAAAUCAUAACAAUUAAUGAUAUUACAGGAAGUUUAUUUUCUCUGAUAUGCUCAAGUCCAGGUAUAGUAAUGCAAAUACAAAGAUUUAGUAGAAAUACCUUUUGCAGCUGUCACAGAUAUGCUCUUCACUUCUGGAGCUUUAUAGAUAAUGAGUUAGAUUUAUAUAUUUACUUGUAUGGAGUAUGAUAAAUAUGGAACUUUGCUUGGAAACAAAACAACAACAACAAAAGCUAUUAAUAAAUAAGGUGUCAAGAAUGUGGGCUUCUGCAUCUGGCCUAAUGACUAAGCCUAGUGAUAUUUUGUCUGUAUCUGAUUAUUUCUCUACCACAACUAGAAGUAAUAGUUUCUGUAACAAUUUCCAUUUUCUGGCUGCAUGUACUUGUUUAGGAGGAGAGUUAGAGGAAACUCCUUACAAAUGUUCUACUGUAUGGCUAACUUACUUACAGAUGGAUAUUAUUUUAGUGCUUUAAAGGAGAUACGGCUAGUAUUAUCCUUCUACCAUUUUUGUAUUUGUAAAAGAGUUGCCCACAGAAUGAAAUCUAUUUCCUUGAGAGAAUUCUGAACUUUUAUUUUAUAAAAUGGCCCUGAAUUUUUAUGAAAUGUUGAGUGAAAAUUUCUUUAAAAUACUGAUUUAAAACAUGAACUCAUUGCAUAUUUGUUUCAAUACCAUCAAAAGUAUAAGCAAAAUGCAGGAAUAGUUAGUAAAAUGCUGAAAUUGGAAAAGUCUAAGAGAAAAGCUCUAUUGUGAUGUUUGUUUCUAAUGUUAGCUUUUCUUCAUAGGAUGUUUCCAAGUCUUUGAUCCUCUUCUUUUUGGAAGAGUGAGUGAACUUAUAUGUUGUUAUCCAGAAUGUUUUUCUUCAUUAUCUCAUUUCUCUCUCUUUUCUCCACACUAAUUUCCUUGACUAUGGCACAACCUCUGUGAACCUGGGAUUGCCCUUCCACAUCUGUCUCAAGACUUGCCUGAGUUAGUCUCAGGCUAGGCUAUUAAGUAAGUAAGAGAGUGAACUUAACCAUCAAGCAUUAUUUCCAUGGGCUGUCCCAAUGACAACUGAAAUUACUUCCUGAUAUCCUUGAUAUCAAUCAACUCGUAUCUACACAGUAUCUAGUCACAGCCCAAAUUCCAAAACAGCUUUUAUUUUAUCUCCCAAAUUUUUAUAAGAACUGUUACCUUGAGGGCACUGCAACUUCAGUCCUGGAUUUCACCAGUGCUACCAGUGCCAUCACCAUUCUUCCAGCCUCUGGGCCACAAGGAAGUACUUUUGAGAUACAUUUUUAUGUGAAAGCAGUGGCAGUUGAAAAAGGAACAAUGAAAGAAGUUAUUGUCCAGCAGGUUGGUGUUCCGCAACAACUCGCUUUCAAAUGCAGCGAGAUAUACCAUGAAGUCUCUGUUUGGUCUAUACUGCUCAGCUAUAUUGGACCAAAGGGGCAGAAACAAGAUAUUCCACAAACUGUGGAGGUUGCAGAAAUGUCAGAAUCUUCUCAGGGAAGUUCUCCAGGCCAUAUAUUUCACAUAUAUCUUGUCACUGGUUGACAACUGUCUGUUAUAAUUACUGGUGGGAAAUCUGACUGACCUUUUUUUAACUUCUUUAUAGUCUUACCAGCAUCCAGAGAUGUCUUCUCCCUCUCUGUAAAUUAGUUCCCAUAUUAAAAUCUUCGUAGUACACAGAAUGUUGCCUUCCAUUUCCUCCAAAUUUAGUUGUCUAUAGAAAGACAAGAAAAAGGUGAAAGGAAGGAGGGAAAUAAACAGCUAGUUAUAACUGAACCUAUAGACAUCCUUCCUUCAGGAACGUUUGGCUCUCUGCAAUUUAUCACAAUGGCCGCUGAUCAAAAUCCAGCAGGAUCCUUAGGUAAUAGUUAAGGAUUAAACAGAUAACGUAAUUCACAUCCUUCUUAUGGGUUUUUAUGCCUAAAACUGGUACUAUUCUUCAUCAAGAUCCCUUCUAGAGACUGAUAAUCCUCAUAAAUCACAUUCCCAUUUGAGCCCAGUUUUCCCUUUGAAAUAUUUUCCUUAGCCCUGUCACAUACAGAUGAUGUAGCAACGUAGAUCUAUUAGGCCUAUUUCAGUUUUUCAAUCCUCUUUUUCUUUCUAUGAAAACUAGUAAUCUUUUCACAGCAGCUGCUAAGACUGUAUUUCGAAGGACUAACUUGUACAAACAGAAAGACUCGUAUAUGAGCUUAAUAUACUGAUUCCUCAUCUGUGUAACCUGUAUCUUUCAUAAUGAUAGUCCUCAUUCCCUAUUUACAAAAUUGCCAUUAGGACCAUGAUCUUAACGGAAGUUAUGAUGUUAAAAUUACACACACUGAGAAAACAUUCAGGUUUCCAAACUAUGUUUAUGAGUUGCACUUCCAUAAGACAGAUUAUCUGUUUUCCUCAAGCUCAAUGUAUCCUGAGGUUCUGAGGUCCUUCUGAGACUUUGAUUUCAUGGUGUUUCUGAGACAUGAUUUACUUCUUGAAAUCACUUAUUAUUAUUAAAUCAGUUUGUAUUGUGCUCUGAAAUCAAGAAUAAAUUAUAGGCUGUCAUUUUUUUUUCUUUUAGGUUACAAGAAAUAAAUGUAAAUGAAAAGUAUUAUUUUAUUCUCUUUCUACCAUGCAUUCUACUAAUGUAAAUAACCCAAACAGGACAAAAAUAAAGAAAUAUUUCAAUAGUAUUGUGGUUUGACUUUUUAAAAGUAAUCCUAUAAAGAAAGUGAAUUUUAACAGUGGUUAAAAAAUACCUUUUUUUUGUGCAAAGCUAAUCUCAGUUUGUUUUUAAAUUGCUUUAGCAAAAAUGCAACUGACAAUGUGUGAAUUCCACAAAAAAACUCAAAACCUAUGCACUAAUUGAGUUUAAUUUGUGAAACAUUAUAGUUAGAUUCUAGACUGAAUCAUGGUCAUUAUGUGUUCCUUAAUUUUUUAAUGGAAAAAUAAUGACCACUUUCUAAGGGCAAAAAGAAAAAAACACCUCCUUGAUGGUGAAAAUUGUACUAUAUGGGUUAUGUUAGAGCUCAGUUAAAGCCAUAUGCAAGUUCACCACAGGAAGAAGGGGUCGAAAAGCAACAGUUUCCAGACACUCUGUUGUGGCCACACUGUUGUGUGUGUACUCAGAAUCAUGUGAGAUGAUAGAUACUAUAAAUCCAAAUCCUUCUUCCAAAAUAAAAAUUUUAGCCUGCCUUAGCCUUCACACUGGUGUUUCUUCAAAUGCUCUGUAUUCUCUAAAUUACAAAAUGCAUUAUUCUAAGCAUAGCUAAGGGUUACACAUUUCUUCACCUGAAUUCACCUAAACAAAUUUUAUACGCAUGAGAAUAACAACUGUACAAGUUAUUAUUUCUCAUUAUUAGAAGUGUUACAUGAAUAGUACCUAGAUGGUGUUAAGAAAUGAAAUCACAGGUUUAACUUCUUUUUGCUUCUCUAAUUUGGAAACUAAUCCUAUAAGUUUUCAUCUCUGUGUUUCUAAUAAAUAAAGAAGUAUUGCUUAAUGCAUAUGACCUCCAUUAUACCUUUUGAGAUAAGAGCAGUCUUUUGUAAAAUACGUGGGUUGGCAGGGAGAUGACAUGAACAUCACUGCAACCAGGAUUUUUCCCUUAACUUUAUGGAUUUAAACUACCUACAUUUGAAAUGUUAAAAUGAAGUUAAUUUAUAAAGUAUGUGUCUUGUAAAUCAUUUAACAACUGGAAAAUUUAAGAAGAGAUGGAAUUUAAUUAUUGUCAGCAUCUAUUCUAGAGACUAUUAUAUCAAUGGGAGUCAGCUUAUUAGUUCCAGUAGAUUUUGCAUCAGUCCCUAAACUAGUCUAAACUGCUAGAAAUUCACAUUUUAUCCUAAUCAUUCCCUUAACACUUUGCUUGUGAUCAAUGUGUAUUUUAAACUUCACAAAUGAGAUUAAAGCUUCAUUUUAACUGAAUAAAUGACAUAGAACUAACUGAACAUUGCCUAUGUGUUUGGUACAAGUUUUUGCAGAAAAGACAAAGGGUAGUAACAACAAAAUUCUUCAUCAUUACUUGAGCAGUCACUAUGAUUGAGUGACAACAUGAAGUCAGUUGUUUUGCACCAGUAAGUUACCUAAUAAAUAGAAAUGUGCAUGGUAUUCAAUAUGCUGUCUUCCUACAUAAUGAGAUUUACAGAAACACCUGCUUAAGUAAUUUUAUACUGACUCACUUGGGAAAACAAAAACACAGAUAAAAGACUAACAGCCUGUGAAAGAUAUUUUUCCUUUACUUAAACAUUUGCUGCAUUUUAUUCCUCUGGGAGGGGGGGGGGGAAGCAAACAAAAAAAAAGCACCAAAAAAAAAAAAAAAAAGCAAACAAAAAAAACCCCAAACAAACAAAAAACAACAACAAAAAUGUGAAAUCAGUAAACAUUACUUUAUUCUUCUGGCUAACCAAUGGCUAAGUUGAUUUCUUAGUUUGACGUGAUAAAUUAAUUAAUUAAUUAUUUUCAAGCAGGGGAUUAGAAUGACAAGACAUGACCUCAAGAAUAGUUCACCCUUCUGUUUUAAAUCCUUGAAACACCUGUACAUAGUAUUGCUAUUAACAUGUUAGUUAUAGCUUGGAAAAUAAUGAAAAUUUCAGAGGAAUUAAUUGCGGCUUCCCAUUCAGAGGCUGGCAAGAAAGAGUUAAUUAGUACCUUCUCUCUUGAUACACAAAUUUGUAAGAAUACCUAUGAACUUAUGCAAAAUUAAUUGAAUUGUUCUAUGCUACAUGUAAUAUCUAAUUUACUGGAAUUGAGUUAAUUUUGGCAUUGAGAGUGAAAGAAGGGUAAUUCUUCAAAGGAUUUUGAACUGACAGCUGCAGUCCUACAUGUUUUCCAUCAAAACUCAUUUUUUGAUAGGAAGCAGUCACAAAGACUGUUUUCUACAGAAAAGUUAAGUUUUUAAUAAAAAGACUGGUUUUAUAAAAUCUGAAAACCUGAAAGGAAGGUUGUAGCUAUGUCAUGCAAGAGGUAAAAGCUGUUCAGGGAGCCUUGGUUACAGAACUGAAUUACAGUCUGGAGCACAGGUACAAUGGUUUCUAUUGAGCACUGUAUUAAUCAAUCAUGUGUUUCUACAAUGCAAACUACAUAAGAGACCCUGUCCCAAAUGUGUCCUCUCUGUUAUCCUGGAACUAUAAUCAGAAUCACAGAAUCACAGAAUGGUUGGGGUUGGAAGGGACCUCUAGAGAUCAACUAGUCCGGGUGUGUCAAACUCAUUUUCACCGGAAGCCACAUCAGCCUUGCAGUUGCCUUCAAAGGACCAAAUGUAAUUUUAGGACUGUAUAAAUACAGUCCUGAUGUGGCCCCCAGUGAAAAUGAGUUUGACACCCCUGAUCUAGUCCAAUCCACCAGCUAAAGCAGAUUCACCUAGAGGAGAUUGCACAGGAAUGUGUCCAGGUGGGUUUUGAAUGUCUCCAGAGAAGGAGACUCCACAACCUCUCUGGGCAGCCUGUUCCAGGGCUCUGUCACCAUCAAAGAAGUUUCUUCUCAUAUUCAGAUGGAACCUCUUACGCUUCAGUCCGUACCUGUUGCCCCUCAUCCUGAUUCCAGCCAUUGUUUUCAGAUGGGAAACUGAGGUAGAGAGGAAUUGAUUUCACAAACAUCAUAGAAGUCUGUGCAAAUCUUGAAACUGAAUCUUGCCCAAUUCAGCAACAGUCCUAAGACUGGAGUAUUGGUGACAUUGCACUACAAUUUGUGAGUGUUCUGUAAUAUCAUCCUUAAGGACAUUUUUACAUGGAGGAAGAAUUUUCCAUGUGCCAAUUUUCAGCACUAAUGUGCUUUAUAAAACUGGACAUUUUUUUUUUCCCUGUUUCAUUUUUCUUUACUGUUUUUACAGAUUAAUGAUUCCUGCCUUUGUAAUGUCCUUUCACAACUGUGUUCUCUUACUGCUAAUAAUUAUUGAUUGUUUAUUUUAAAGUAAUUCAAGGAUAGCUUUAAAUUGAUGGAUUUCUUAAGGAAUUUUUUGUGAUCCCUUGCUACCUUUAUAUGUUGCUAUAUAAUAAAGCAGAAGCACAGCAACCUUAUGACAGUUACACAUUCCCAUCUGCCUGAGAAUAUAAGAAAAUGGAAUACAGGUCAAAGUAGGGAGAAUGUGAAGAAUUAAUUCCAUCUUUCCUGAAUGGUUUCAAGGAUACUUCCAGAAAAUAUCUUGCUUAGUGUUGCUCCAUUCAGUUGCUUCUGUUCUAUGACUACUUUGUCAAUAAUAAAAGAGUCCUUAGAGAGGAGCCUUAAAAUUUGCUAUUGGGAGUUAUAUUUCCAUUGUUUGGCUGAUAAAAUUGUUCAGAAGCUUAUCCAGAAUGGUUUGAUGUUUUGAAGUCCACAGGCUUUUCAGUAAUUACCAGCAGUUUUACUCUUGCUGAACUUCUCCUUCCAGUGAAGUGACAAAGAACUGAAGUUCACAGAUUAUUUUACCAAGGUUUACAUCUUGGGUCAGGGACAUAUAUCAUUGAGAAAUGAUACUUUGCAGAUGUACAGUCAUGCAACAGUUUUCUUUGGUAUUUGAAGAUGCUGAAUUCUAUGCUGAUUUCAAACCAAAGGCAAAACCAGAAGCCCAAAUACUCAACAAUGGUAUCAAGGAGGAUUUGACUUUGAAAUUAAAAUUUGUUUGUGUAUGUGUCAUAGGAUUGGAAGAAACUUCAUACAUCCUGUAGCCCAUUCUCCAGACCAACAUAUACAUAAAUUAUUUCAAGUAACCUGGCUGUAAAACUUUAGCUGAUGAAGAUCCCAAAGUGUCAAGGAAACCCGACUCAAAGCUUACCCAAAGAUGUUACAGAAUAUUUGUAUGAGGAGCUUUUGAAUUAAUUGUUGUAAUACAGUAUUGUUUUACUGUACUGACAUCAGAGAAAAAUAUCUUGAUAUCAUUUUGCUGCUAAUUCUAAAUGAGAAAAAAUUACAUGGGUAUUUAUUCAUGAGACACUGUUACAGCUUCACCCGAAUAUAUAAGUUACAGAUAAUUUAUACUCUUAAGAAAAGCUUCAUCCCAUCCUUAAAAUGGAUUUGGCAUAGCUGAGGAAACAAUCUUGUUAUAAUACUAGACAAAGACAUAGUGAAACUGGGAGAAAUGUUGGCAAUUCACAAAGUCUUGGAGCACAACCCAGCAAACAGUGGGAGGAAAACAUAGUAUAAGUGCACAUUAACUGCAUAAGUGACCCAAAAAACCUCACAGACUCAGAUCAUUAUUUGACAAAGCAUAACAAAGCAUGGUCUUCAACUUUCAUAAAGAAAAAUAAAAGUACCUUCUUAGUUACCACAGGCUGCUCUCUAGUUCUGUAGAAUUUUUACUUCUCUUUCAAACUGUAAGUCAAGAGGUCAUUAAAAAAUUGAAAAGACAUCUCUUUUUUCAUUAGGCAUUUCAGAAGAAAUGUUCAGUAACAGCAAGUGACAGUUGGCUGCUUUGGCUAUUUUCACAAUGUGUUGUGAUUUCAAACAUGCUACUUCCAACAUGUAACAUCCACAAUGAAAAAGAGUGGCUGAGAUGCCAAAAGAAAUUACUAUGAAAAACUGAUAAUGAAAGGACUCCAUGUAUGAGAUGUGCUAGUGACAUGUUAAGCCCAGUUCAGAAGACUCAGUGAACUGCUGGAAGAAUAUUGCUGCCAAUUUUAAGCACUCCUGUUGAAAGGACAACUAGCUAGAUCUAACCUUCAACUGUCUUCUUUAGCUGUCUGAAUAAUGCUUGACAACUCUCCAGAUCCAAUCUCUGAGAAAAUCCUAAUAAAAUGGAAUGAGAGCAAUAUGAGAGAACAGAAGUUUCUACUGAGCUUUUUGCUGCACAGCCAGCCUACGUAUUUGGCACUAGCAAAAGCUUUCUUAUAUGGAAUAAACAAAAAGCUAUUUGAUUUAGCUCUGAGGUUAGCUGAAUUUUAAUGUACAGACGUAAACCAACAUUACUUCAAGAACCAACUUCAUAAUUGUAACUAUUUUUUUGAGAGGAGGGUCCCAAAAACUGAUAAAAGCUUCAUAAAUGUAAAUGAUCAGAAAAAUAACUCAUCAAAACAAAAGACAAAUGGCUUGGAUAAGUAAAAAAGCUAUUAAAUUACCCAGAUGAUUAUAUAUAUUUUUUAAAUUCACAGUGGAGAAGUACUUUACAGUAAGCAGCUGGAAGAUACAAGGAUAUAAGAGAAAGCAUAACAGGGUAGCACUAGGAAUUAUUUUUUUCCUUAUAGCAGUAAAGUUCCAUAGUCAGCACUGAAGAAAGUGUCUUUUCUAUGAUUGUGUGUCAUUAUUCUGAGAAGCAAAAUAAACCAGCUUAAAACAGGUGUCAUUCUGCAGCAUCUGGGCUCCUUUAGGUACCUGUGUUACUUACUCUUACACUUAUCUGAGGUAUAACUGUGCUCCACUGCCAAUAGUGGAAACCAACUUGGAACAAUAUACAAGUAAUUAUCUUUAAAAUAACUCCAGAUAUUUUCAAGAGGUUAAAAUAAAAUUAUGUCCUUAAUCAAAUUACUUCUGAUGUUAACAAAUUUUCAGAAGUCAAAAUUUCAAUUACGCAUAACCUCCAAAUGUACCUAUUUUGACCAUUUAUGGGGGCUGGGACUUUUAUACAAGUUUAAUGAGUUAGAUUUUUGCUUGAUAUCCGUUCUAAAGAAAAAGUCUUGUGAUUUAUUCAUAACACAGUAAGUCUAUUAAAGUGUCAGAGGUUGAGGAACGAGAAAUACUGGCACACUCAUAAAAAUGUUUUUAUUUGGGAUGUGUUGUGGUUAGUUUAAAAAGAGAUUAAUUGAAAUGGAUUAUUUAUAGUGACUGUUUUCAGAUAGCCUGCUUGUAAUUUAACUUGCUUAUAUAGGGUGUUUUGGGGGUGGGUUGAUGUGAAGCUGAUUAAUAAGCACAGCUGUCUUGGUGGUAACAUGCAGUUUCCUUUAAAAAUCAUUAUUAUAUUUCUAGUUGGUACCGUCACUAUUGACAGUGAUUAGGAAAAGAAUCUAGUGUAUCUAUGAUUAAAAUGAAAUUGAUAAGACUUUUUAAUAUAGUGCACAUGGACAUUAUUUUUAGCUUAGUGGCUUAUGGAAUUGUGUCAGUGUUUGCUGAUAUUACAAAGUGGCAAGCAGCUCUGAACACUCAAUGAUAGAAUAGUUCUCUGCUAGAGAGCUACCUAUCUGCUUUCCUUUAUAGGACAGACCAGGAAAACACUUAUAUUUCCUAUGUCCAUAUCUUUAUGAUAAUAAUAUCUGCCAUAAGGGAUUUUUAAAAUUUUUCUUCAGGAAUUUAAUUUGUGAGUGAUAAGUAUAGAAUAUCAAGUGUCAAAUCAGUCUUAACCUUUCUUCCAGAUAAGGGAUUUCCUCCUGUUGGUGGAAUUGACUGCUGAAUUCACAAGGAAAGGUUUUGCAUAUUCUUGGCCUUCCUUUCAUUAGUACGUUAUGUCCACGCUAUAUAGGGCUUUGGCAUUACAGAGACAUGGAAGGGAGUUUAAUUUUUUAUUUAUUUAUCUAUCUCUUUAUCUAUUUAUUUAUUUUAAAUCAACAGCAUGUUGAGUCAGAGAGCUCAGAUACUUGAAGAGGUAACCAAUGCUCUUCAAGUAAGAAUGGUCAUUUACUUAUAUUUUCUUUUUAAUUAUGAACUGUCAUGUCUUUGUUAUUUUGAUUUGCUAUACUUUCCCCAGCUUUAUAAUAUCAUCCGAUUAAAUUAACAUAAUCUUGCUCCCCACUGCAACUCUACAAACUAAAAACAGUUCUUAUGGAUCCAAAGAAAAGCAAUAUUGGAUAAAACGUCAAAACAAAAUUUACAGGAGAUAACAAAUUAGAUACAAUACAUUGUUGUUUGCUUAGCUGCCUUAAUCCAGUGAAAACUAGUUGUUAAGAAAAAAGUUGUUUUGAAACACCAUGCUGUUUUCUUCAGAUACUUUGUCCUAGCAUGCCAGGAACAAUCGCAGUCAUCUGCUUUGUAUUGUGGUCAUACAAAAAAACUUGAUUAAUAUGUGCUAUUUUUUUCUGGAUUGAAGUCCUGCUCCAACUGAAAUCAAUAACACAACAGGUUUUGGCUUCCAGAAGAGCAAAGAACUUCUCCUUGGGCCUGGUACAAGGAAUGCAGGGACUAUCUUUUGUGUGAACUAUUAUUAUACUCCAACACAGUGUUAAGCAGCCCAAACCUGUUUCAGAAACUUACUGUCACAUUAGAGGUCUAUCCAAAAUCUUAACUAUUAAAUAGCUCCGGCCAGGUUCACAAUCAUGGCGUAUUAGCACUAUGGGCAUAUUAAACUAGACCUCAGGCAGUUGCUUUUUUAUAUCUCACACCCGUCAGGAAUCCUGCACACAUCCUGCAUUCAGAGAUGCUGCUUAGUGUCUGUUUAGAAGCCUUGCUGACAACACCAGUAGCUGAAAUUGCCCUUAUUUUAGUCAACUGCCAAUGUAUGCAGUCAAUUUCACAAAUACAUAGGCAAGAAAGAUUCUCUUUUGUAGGGGAAGAAUAGUAACUUGACUGUAAUUGAAGUGUAAUUUCAGAGCUACUGGCCGUACGAAGUAAAUGCUGGCCCUUCAGAACCAAGCUUCUAUUUAUACAUCUAACUUUUAAGAAACAGAUAUUUUCUUUUAUUAGACCUAGACUUUCAGAUAUCAGAAAGGGAUUGUGUGACACAAAUAUUAUUCUGUCAAAGCAUAUAAUAGAGCCCAUAAUAGUCAUAUUGUUUUGUUCUUCCCUGAAUUCUUAAGAUGCCUAAUGACACCCCUUGGGAAUAGAAACUACAGGUCCUUACUUUAUCACUGACAAGAAACAAUUCAGUAACUCUGAUUUUAUCUGUGUCUGUGGAGAGGAUUAGUAGCAGUCUUUCAGGAAGCAAUCCAGAAUCUCAAAUUUCUGUAAGAGCACAGGUCACUUUUAAUUAUCUCUAGCAAAUCUCAAUAUCUACAUCACACACACACACACACCCCACCCCACCCCCCCCAAAAAAAAAAAAAAAAGAUAAAAAUAAACACUGAUGUUGAUGCACAGCUUUAGUCCCAAGUAUUUUCAGAAAAAUUCUGCAAAGCUACCUUUAAAGAUAAAACAUAGUAACGGUUCAGCUUUAAUCUUUGUUAUGCCAUCUGUGGUUCACACAGCAGUCAAAAUAUUAGUCAGUUAAUAAAAUUGAUGGUCUCUUUUACUUCUGAGUUACCUUUGUGGUUUCCAAUAAAUUAUGGGAAAAACCCAAUAAAAUAUUUUCUGAAACAGACACAUAGAAAUUAAUUUCUAUUGUAUAAUCAAAAGAGCAAGUGAAUACUCAGUUGAAGUUAACAAAGUCAUAUCAGAAUAAAUGUCUGGAAAAAAUGAGACUACAUUCUACUCUCCCCAAUCAGGAAAAAAAUAAAAAAGUCAUCACGAUAGGUUAAAUUGCCACUGGAUUUAAAGUUUAUGUCCACUUAGAAGGAUUCAGUGCUGUCAUUUGAUCAUGGUUGGUGUUGUUGAAUAAAGGACAAUUCCAUUUACUAAUAUAUGACUGUAUGCAAACAUACAGUCAUUCAGGUGAUUUUUUUUUUCCUGAAGCUGAGAAAAAGCUUAAGAACCAUGGAAUUUAGAAAAAAAAAAAAAAAAGAAAAAGAAAGAUAGUAUAGAGAAUAGAAACCAAGUAACCAAGUUCUGUAGUAUAAACAAUUAGACAAGAUUGUGACACAAUCCACUCAAACUGAAUGGUAAAAACGAUAAUAGGAAUUAAAACUUAAUUUUAAAGCAAUAGAAAGUAAAAAAAAAACCCUAGAUGUCACCAACCACAGAUAUCAAGGAUGGCAUACAAAGUUCACAAAGCUGAUAAAGACCCUAGGAUAUCAGGUUGUGUGCCAUUCUAAGUGUAUUUCUAGAAUUACCUCACAGACUAUACAAAUCUUAGGAAGCACAUUGCACUAGAUUAAGAUGAUGUUUUACAAAAGUGGAUUGAAAUAAAAGAGUAUUCAAGUACAUUUAUUCUAAGUAUUUCUGUACUAUAACUGCAAGAAAUCAAUUACAAUAGUCAAAAAAAAAAAAAGGAAAAAAAAAAGAAAAAAAAAAAAGAAGAAAAGAACAUUUCACCUUGACAUUAGUUAAUAUUUACAAGAGAUAAGCAAUUUGGUGCACAAGGACUGAAUAAUUAGCUCACGGGUGUCCAGUAAGAUAAUAGAAGAUAUUUCAAAGCCCACUUACACUAAUUUUUAAAAAAUAGUUAGACCAUAGUAACGAGGGGUAGCCUUAGAAAAGAUGAGAUAAAAAGUUUAAUGGCUUAAGUGAUCUGUCUAAACAUAAUAGACUUGUAGGUAUUUGGGGUUUCAGGAAGUUCUGAUUAAAGGGUAACAUAAUAGAGAUCAUCUCUUUUAUGUAGAUUAAGGAGUUACUGAAAAUUAAUCCCAUAAGAUAGUCAAACUUCACAAGAAUGGAGUAUUAAUCAUGUGGUUGACAAGGGUGUUAAUGUACCUGUUUUUAUUUAAAACUUCCAUCUAAAAAUAAAUUUCAGAGAUGAUAGAAAAAAUGAUAGAGCAGGGAGGCACUCAGACCGAGCGAUUUGGGUAAAAUUAAACCAAGUCUUUGUCAUCAGAGUAUUCAUCUAGCAAAGAAGCCACACAGGCCACAGUUACAGAAGUGAUGAGUGCUCAUGGAAGAGCUCUGGAUGGAGGAGCUACUUGGAUGCUUUGUCCCAGAGACCUUUCUUAAAAUUUGUUGCUACAGUAGCCAAGUAACAGCUACACACAGCUGCUUUUCUGAUAAAACAGAAAACAGACUUAACAGCUGUAUUGAAUGUGUAAACAAUGGAGAACAUUUUUUACUUAUAAGUCAUUCACUAACUUAGACAAAGACUAAGCCUUUAACUUCUAAGAAUUUUUCAUGUAUUAGCCCCCCAUGUCACACCCCAAAAAAAUCUUAAAUUGAGAAUUAUUAAAUUUCUUACUAUUGGAGGCUAAUUACUAUUAAUAUCUAAAUUACAAUCUCAAAGUCAUUCAAAAAUCUUGCCUAUAAAUAUGUUUUCUCUACAGACUUAUCUAUAGAAAUUCACUAUGAAAUUUUUCCUGUAGUCAUAGACCUUAAUGAAGAAGAAUUCAAUUCAUAAGAAGCUAAACCAAAAAUUCAGCAAACCAGCCAUCUUCCUUAAGCUGUCCUACUCAUCAGUCCUCAGUAGGUUUGCUAUGCUUCCUCCUACUGUGUGAGUUUUGGGCAGCAGAAAAAGUAUACAUAAAAUACUAGUGUCCUAAUGACUGCUGUAGUGCCUAUGUGGUGUUUUGACCAUUCUUAGAUAAAGCCUUCUGGCUGCAUUUUUGAUUCAAAAGUUCAGGAGCACAUCUUCUUCUAUGUAGCAGAGCCUGUCUCCAAGAUACCAGGAAAAAUGUCACUUGCAAUAUCUGGCUUGGAUUUAUGCAAUAUGAGUUCCUUGAAAUACAUCAUACUCGUCUAGCAUCUGUUGCAGAAAAAAACAUGUAUUUGAGAAUAAGUUGGAGCAUUCUUAUGUGGAUGAAAAGGUGUGGAAAGAAAACUGCAUUAUGAGUUUAUAAACAAUUCAGUACCAUCUAUAUUUAUAUGUAAAUAAAAAAACAAAACAAAACAACAAAAACAACCAAACAACCAACCAAAACCAAAAACCAAACAACCCACAAAUCAACAAAAAAUUCCAAGCAAUGAGUAGUCAUUCAACAUGUAUCUUAGGCAUAAGAAAAAAAAAAAAAAGUGUGUUAAUGUUAAUUUAGAGAAGGAAAAAUAGGUGAUGGAACAUGACUUCGAAUAAAUUCUGUGUUGAAACUAGGUAAAUAUCUGAACUAUUAUUUUCUGGAAUCUUUAAUCCAUCUAGAAAAAUAUUACUCUAAAAUCCUCAAAUGAAUCCUGCUGGAAACAUAAAAAUUAAAGUGAUGUAUGUUCCCAAGGAAGUCAUUCCUAUCAUGUUACAACAUUGUGAUCAGGAGAUGAAAAUUGACCAGGAAAAACAAAGAAACAGAAACAUGCAUUUUAAAAUUGUUGCAAUUAGAAGCUGCAAAUAUAAUAUCCAAUAUCCCUCUUUGAAUAUAUAUUCUAACUAAAACUAUUUUUGUGAACACAAUGAGUGUAAAUUGAAUUUCAAUUUUGAAUCUGAACAGUAAAUCCUUCAAUAGCCUAAUAUCUCAGGAAUGAUGUCUUGCAGAAGGUACAGCACUGUAAGGAAGCUGUUUGAAGUCUUAACUGUUGUGAGGGGUGUUUUAUGAGUACAUUCACCUUGCAUUUUUGGCUGGACAUGGCCUUUAAUUCCUGUCCUAAACCAAAGUGUUGCUGCACAGCUAAUAAACAUGGAUGGAUGAAAUGAUCCUUGUGUGCAGAACUUAAAUCACUUUAUAAAGCUUUCGAGAUGCUUAGGGGUGAAAUAUGUCACAGAAAAUUUCACAGUAUUGUGUGAACAUCAGUCUUUCUUUCUAUGUUAUUCCCAUAAGCUACCCAUAAUAGCAUCAUUUCAUGAUCAGUCAAUGACAAUAUAUUAGAAUGUAACAUCACAAUGUUUUUUGAAUCAGAAAAGGGUGAGACCAAACCUCUUUUGAAGAGUAUUGGCUGAUUUUAAACUGUAGUUUGGAUUAAUGGCAAAAUAGGAGCAUGUUAUUUUCAGUUACGGUAAAAAAAUUGGAAGAAAAAACUAACAUAGUGUAUAGAUAUAGGAAGAAAACACAAAACACUCUCUAGCUAGAUAAAGCCCUGAGAAACUUGGUGUGAAUUCAGUCUAGAUCAAGUCUGAGAAGGAGGAUGGACCAGAGGUCUUCUGUUGUACCUUCCCAUUGCAAGUGUUCAGUGAUAAUGCCACUGCAGGGCUAACAGCACAGAACAAUGAUCUGCCCUGAUGCACAUAUUGACUCACUGAUUCCUUCAAGCUCUUGACAUUUGCCAAUUAGACCACAAAGUAAAGCCAAUGUGAGGUGAUCUGCUGCAGUCUGAGAGUACCUGAUGGUGAUCAGAUAGGGAUAUUUAAAAAAAAAAAAAAAAAAAAGUAAUAAUUGAAUUAAGGAAUAAGCAGAAUACAUUUUUCUCCUGGUUGGGCAUGGGGAGAGGGAGGGGAGGAGGGAGAAGCCAAAAGCAACCAACAGAAACUCACAACAUUCAGCUAUAACAAUAAAAACCAAGAGUAAAACAUGAAAGUAAUUUCAUUUAGAUCCUGCUGACCAUUUCAACUGACUCCACCUAAACUGAUUUAAAAUACAGUUCCUCGGAUCAGCUGACUGAAGCACGCUCGGCCGGAGCCGGGAGGGAAAUCUCGAAGCUACAGAGGUAAGAGAAGGUAAAGAGAGGGGUUUCUGGUCGCGUUUUCUAUUCCGCUACCCGGGAGUCCCCGGCAGCCCUUGCGGAACCGGCUGACGUGGCGCGGCCGUUACCACGGUGACGGAAGUCACACCCCUCCCCCUUGCUUUGAAAAAGCCUCCGGGAGGGCAGCAACGCGCCGCUGCCCACCAGGCGCUGGGGGGUGGACGCGCUUGUGAGGCAGGUGAGCACCACCCAUACGGUGCUGCAGCAGCGACUGGGGCUGCUCGUGCAGUAGGGCUCAGAGGUUCUGUCACUCUUCGCUGUUAGACCUCUCACUUGUUGCUGGUGACACAGACUGGGGUGUGGCAGGGCAAGUAGAUUGGACACAACUAGCUCUUGUAGGUGAGUUUGUCCAGGGUUUCAUUUUGUUUUCUUGUCCCCAAUUUAACUAAGGGUAGCAAUGGUUUCUAGAAAAAGGAAAGCUGUUACUGCUGUUAAUACAAAGAGUGUGUCUACACAGACACUACCUGCCAAGAAGGAUGCAGCCACCCAGGCUUCUGGCUGUGCAGUGUCUAUGCCUGGAAUUAGUAUUAGAGAAUGGUAUGGGAGGCACCUGUGUACGAUGUGACCAGGUCAAUGACUUACUGUGCCUAGUGGCAGAGCUUAAGGAAGAGGUGGAGAGACUAAGAAGCAUUAGGGAGAGUGAAGAAGAAAUUGACUGGUGGGGUCAGGCUCUUUUGACUCCUGAGGGUGUGCAACAGGAGAUGGCAAAGCCUUGUCCCUCCUGCCAUAAGGCGGAUACAGCAGAUCUAAUUGAUGGGGGGAAUGGAAACAGGUCCCUGAUCAGAGAGGUAAAAGAACCCUCUCUUGAACCCCAUCACCACCCUUGGUGCCCUUAAAUAGAUAUGAGGCCCUGGACCCUGAAAAUCAGGCAGAGGACAGCCAAGAAGAUCCACCUGGAGAGCCCUCUGGAUGGGCCUCAUCAACAAAAAGAAUUACAACUGCA